UCGGUUAAAUAAUAGAGCUACGUUUCGCUUGGAAAUUAAAUAGUGGGGAUACCUUGUUCCUGUUGCACAUACAAUAUCCAAAUGCAUCCACAUACGAUCACACGUAUAGCGUAUACACUUGCACACACGAUCAUAGUGUGUUAAUACACGUCGUUUGGUGGGGAGACGACGCCUCUCUAAGCGACGCUCCGCGUCUUCGUCAGUCAAACCGCGAUCGUCUCCGCGUAAUAGGCCUGUUGAGAUCACCACAAGGUAAAUGGAUGGUCAGUGAACAGUGUUGAUCAGUUACUUGACAAAAACAGACCAGCCAACGCAGUUGGCACGUGCGAAAUAUUCGUUACGCCGGUCGACUCGAGAAUAGACUUUCUUCCUCUCUCUGGCGACAUUUACCGGGCUGCGAAACACUCUUAUUCCGGAUAUCAGUUUUCAACUGGAUCGUUGUUAAGUCUUCGUCUCUUCCUGCCACGUGAUCAGGCUAAGAAAAGUGAGAUAUAUCGUGAUAAAGAAACAUAUACAGUGGGUAAAUACAGUGUAGAAAAUGAAGAUUGUUGUACUCUUACUCACUCUCGUCGCAGUGGCAAAGUGUCACGAACCAUUCCGGGUAGUCUUUCAAUGGAACACGAUCGACGUAAUGUGGCCAUCGGAAGAGAAUAAAGAGUAUGCAAUCAGCCACGGUGAUUACGUUCCAGCCAAUAAUUUCAUAGCCGGUAUUAAAUUUUGGAAGGGUAAAAUGUAUUUGACAAUACCAAGAUGGAAAGAUGGAGUACCUGUAACUCUUGGAGUCACUUCUGCUAAACCGGUGAAUUAUAUUACUGCUCCUAAACUGGAAGCUUUCCCCAGUUGGGAGAUGCAGAAAAUUGGAGACUGUAGUGCAUUUCAGAUGGUCCAAAGUAUGGAGAUCGAUCCCAUAGGACGUAUGUGGGUACUAGAUUCUGGCAAGAUGUCACCUCUUUCUUUAGAAAAAAAGACCACUUGUCCACCGAGAUUAGUAAUCCUAGAUCUCGAGAAAAAUGGCGAGGUUCUACGAAUUUACGAAUUUCCUACGAACGUAGCUCGUCAUGGUACAGCUCAUUUAAAUGAUAUUGUCUUGGAUCACGAGGAUGGUGGUAUGGCAUACAUUACAGACAGUGAUCGCGACGAUCCUGGUAUAAUUGUUUACUCUUUGAGAAACAACACUUCGUGGAAAGUUAGACACGAUUCUAUGAAAGCUAAACACGAAGCAGUUAAAUUCAUGAUUUCCAAAACUCCCAUAAAUAUACCUGUAUCUAUCGAUGGAAUUGCUUUGUCUCCUGCAAGUAGUAACGACAGACAAAUAUAUUACUCGCCAUUAUCCUCCUUCCAUCUUUAUUCUAUACCAACUUCAGUGCUGAAGAACAAUGAAAGCAAUGUGGAUAGUUACGUUAAAGAACUAGGAAGAAAAAAUUCUCAAACUGAUGGAAUGAUGAUGUCAGCCAAAGGAGUAUUAUACUUUGGACUAUUGGCUGAUGAUGCUGUAGCUAUGUGGGAUACCAAACAAUCCAUCUCGUUCACUACUGGGCAGAGGGUGAUCUCGAGAGAUCAUGAAAGGAUGCAAUGGCCAGAUACAUUUGCGUUCGACGAGGAUGGUAACUUUUAUUGCGUUACCAAUUCUUUGCAAAAUAUAUUGGAGAAUCGGGUCAACGUUAGCAUACCAAAUUAUCGAGUAGUCAGAUCACAAACUGGAGUUAAAAGUUACCAAUAUUUGGAGAACGGAACCGCGCCGGAACAGCCGGAGAUUCCCACUUCAACUGCAAACAGGAUUAGUCUCGCCGUUACUACCGGAUUAACCAUUCUGUUGGCUUUCGUCGUGCAGUAAUUUUUCUUUCUCUCUUGUUCCCCUGUUCUCUUUUCUUCAGAUAUACUCGGAUAUAUUAAAAACAUUUUAUCUUUUUCGAAAUACAAAAUUACAGAUAAUACGUACGAUGAACCGUCCAGAAUUUUUGGUGGCCUUGAAUAUUUAGAAUACUAAUUGUAAGUGAUCUGAAAUCAUGGUGAAA